AUGGCAUCAAAUGUCAAGAUGGCAAGUCUCCUACAGCUCCGCGCAACGUUGCGAUCGCUACAACACUCAGCACAUUAUCCAUCAAUGCGAGUCGCUCUUGUGAGGCAUCUGCCCAGCAACGCCCCGACUGCUAGAUUUUUCUGUCGCAGUCAAUUCCUUGAGCAUGCGGCAAAGAGACCGGAAAAGGUUGCCGCAAGUGCGCAAAUGAGCGGAUCCGUCAAAGGAGCUCCCAGACCGGGAAAAUACGUCUCAUUUUCUGAAGCUCUAGCAUCCCGGGGAUCAUCAAUUCUACUUUACGAAGCACCGUCACAUCGAUUAUAUAUGACUGGGUGCUACGCGUUUGGCAGUUUCUGUUUCACAUAUGCUGGCUACAAUUUCUAUGCGCAGUAUCUUCAUCCGCCAGCUGAUCUUGCGACAUGGAUACCAAUAGCGUUUGGUGGCGUAUGCUUUGCAAUGGCUUGCUUUGGGACAUACUUGGUACUUGGCGCUCAGCGGUACGAACAACCUGUGUCAUCUCCUCACAAAUCCCCAGCUAAUACUCUCGUCAGAUUGAUUCGAAGGAUCACUGCUGUACCAUCGGCAUCUCGUCGGGCACUUACUCUCUUAAUCGACGUUCGACCAAUGCUUCCUUUUCGAUUUAAGAAGCCGAAGCCUAUAACAAUCUCUCCUACUGACGUAUCCAUCUCCUCGCCCCUAAUUCUGCACACGCAAAGCUCAGUUGCCUCUGGUAACAUCCGAGACAUAAAUGAAGCAAAAAGGCUCGGGGAUGGGUCGCCGAAGGGGUUUUUGAAGCACCUUAACUUUUCUACUUGGCGUGUACUAACUAAUCUGAGACGAGUAUGGACAAGAGAAGGAUUUAUCAAAGUUCAGGUGAAAGGGAAAACUGGCGUGUACAGGCUGGAUACCGAGGGUCGAGCCUCAGAUGCACUAGACCGUUUGGUCAAGGUCCGCGAAGUAUGA